GGUUUACGACUCCACGCAGCCUCACAUCUUAAUGCAGGACUAUCGGACCGGCUCCUAAAGGCUCUCCGAGGGCUGCUUGUGGAUAAAUGCUUGUUUUUUCCCCCCGGAUGAUUAAAGUCAUUUAGUUUAGUUUGGAAGAGCGCGCCUAUUUAACACUUUCAGAGCAGGAAAUCUUUUUAGCGCGUUCUUAACUUUAAAAGAUGCCCAAAAAGAUGCUGAAUAAAGUUAGUACAACCUCAAAGACAGUAAAGUCACAGUAGCACUAACUAAAGAGGAAUUGUUAUCUACUUCAACUAGACACUCAAAUAUCCGUGCCAGUGUUAACGAAGUCGACACCAGCAUCUUCUUACUCAUUGGACAGUUUCUCGUCUUCAUUGUGUGCUAAGGGUGCACGGGUGCUUGCAUCUUAUUCUUUUUGUGUUUUUAUUUGUAAAUGUUUGGAAUCCAGGAGCAUCUUGCUUCUGUUGUGAAAAAACGAACUUUUGUGGAAGAAAUGGAUUCAGUACGUCCGUGGGUGCGUAAUGUGGGAGUCGUGGAUGCAAAUGUAGCAGCUCAGAGUGGAGUAGCCCUUUCUCGUGCCCACUUUGAGAAACAACCACCCUCCAACCUUCGAAAGUCCAACUUCUUCCAUUUUGUGUUGGCCCUCUAUGACCGACAUGGACAGCCUGUGGAAAUUGAGAGGACAGCUUUCAUUGAUUUUGUUGAGCAUGAUAAGACGGGAGAAAAAACUAACAAUGGCACACACUACAAACUUCAGCUCCUUUACAGUAAUGGUGUACGAACUGAACAGGAUCUUUAUGCUCGUCUUAUUGACUCUGUCACCAAACAGCCCAUAUCAUAUGAGGGGCAAAAUAAGAAUCCUGAAAUGUGCCGUGUUCUGCUUACUCACGAGGUCAUGUGCAGCCGAUGCUGUGAGAAAAAAAGCUGUGGAAAUCGCAAUGAAACCCCAUCAGACCCUGUCAUCAUUGACAGAUUUUUCUUGAAGUUUUUCCUCAAGUGUAACCAAAAUUGUCUGAAGACAGCAGGGAACCCACGGGAUAUGAGACGAUUUCAGGUGGUCCUGUCAAGCACUGUAAGUGUGGACGGCCAUGUUCUUGCAGUAUCUGAUAACAUGUUUGUACACAAUAACUCGAAGCAUGGUCGACGGGCACGAAGACUAGAGCCAGGCGAGUCAUUAGAGAACACAACGGAAUACGCCACUCCAUGUAUCAAAGCCAUCAGCCCCAGUGAGGGCUGGACCACAGGUGGAGCAAUGGUGAUCAUUAUUGGCGAGAACUUCUUUGAUGGUCUGCAGGUUGUGUUUGGGAGCAUGCUGGUGUGGAGUGAGUUAAUCACUCCUCAUGCAAUCCGAGUUCAGACACCGCCAAGACACAUUCCCGGGGUAGUAGAAGUCACACUGUCCUACAAAUCAAAACAGUUCUGCAAAGGAGCUCCAGGAAGAUUCAUUUACACAGCACUGAAUGAACCAACCAUAGACUAUGGCUUCCAGAGACUUCAGAAGGUCAUCCCUAGGCAUCCUGGGGACCCUGACAAAUUGGCAAAAGAGAUGCUUCUUAAAAGGGCAGCAGAUCUUGUAGAAGCAGUCUAUGGAAAUACCCACAGUAAUCAGGACAUGUUAUUAAAAAGGGCCGCAGACAUUGCUGAAGCUUUGUAUAGUGUACCAAGGCCUCACAGUCAACUACAGGCUCUGCCCAGUUCCCCAGUACAUGGCAGUGUCAUGGGACUAAGCUCCUAUCCAUCUCAGCUGGGUGUGGGCAUUGGAGACCCUGUGCAAACCAGUGGCCAAGGUUACAUCCGCAAUUCUACAAGUUUGUCUCCACGAAGCUACCCAUCUGCCUCCACUCCUCAGCAAUCCACCUAUGGCUCUGGAGGAGGCAUGGGUGGAGGGUAUGGAGCUGUACCCAUGAGCAGUCUGGGUGUGCCAGGAUCCCCUGGCUUCAGCAGUGCCUCCCCAAACAGCUCUCCUUAUGUUAUGCCAUCUAGUCCCACUAUACCAGGCUCUAGUUCAUCUUCCUCUCUUCUGCCCUUUUCAUCUUUUCCUUCCACGGCCAAACAGAAGAGUGCCUUUGCUCCUGUCUUAAGACCACAAGGUUCACCUUCACCCGUCUGUCCCACUUCAGGAGGCAAUGGCUUCAGAGCGAUGACUGGUCUUGUUGUCCCACCAAUGUAGAAGACUAAUUGUUAUGAGAGAAGGCGUUUCCACCAGCUGAUGUUCCAGGGUUAUACUGCAUCUAGUGGUGUCUUUACAUUUUAACAUCUAACAACACAUGCCAACCACACAGAAAGACACUGCAGAAGCAAUAUUGGUCAUAAAUAAUUACAUGCACUGAAGUUAUUCUUUCACUAGUUAUGAAGAAAAUAUGAAUAGGACUGGACAAGGAAAGUAAACAGCUUUAAUGAACUUCAUACAGAAAUAAUGGUAUUUGCAUAACUUCUUAGUUCAGAAAAGUUUCACUAGUCUGUCAUUCUCUCACAGAAUUCUGGAUCACAUGGUUACAGGACUUAUCACACAAGCUGCAUGGUGCAAAUCUCUGAGGCAACUGUCCAAAUCUUUGUCAAAUCUUCCUUGUCAAGAAAUCUUGGUCAUAAAAAACAUUUACAAGUAUAAAAUGAACAUUCCAUUUAUAGAUGUGGAAAAGUUUAUUUUCUUUUUUAGCUUCAAAAUAAGAAAAUUAUACUUUGUACCUCGCAGAGAUGUGAUUUGAUUACCUCAUAUAUUGACUUAUUUAA